AUGGGACCACGGGGACCAACGAGGGGAGGAAGGGAAGGGGAAGAGGAAGCUACGGUAGCUGUAGCGAGCGAAUGGCACAGCACAACACAACGGUUCUCGAUAUCAGAUUUCCGACAGCACCAGCACCAGCAUUUUCAUCAGGGGUGGAGGUGGGAUGGAAACGGUAUAGGUAAGUUUACUCGUACCAAAGGGAAUCCGGGAAUCGGAAUCGGAACCGGAACCGGAAUCGAAAUCGAAAUCGGAAUCGGAAUCGGAAUCGGAAUCGGAAUCGGUCGCCAGGACAGAAAUGAAGAUGGAAAUGCAAGAUGA